AUGGAUAAUCAUAAUUUUUAUUUCUUCUCCCGGCUUCCCACCGAGUUGAGAUUGGCCAUCUGGCGUGAAUGUCUCCCAUGCCGAGUGAUAGAAAUAGACCAGCCUUUCGAUGAACUCGUCUUUGACUUGGUGACCCAAACACCGUGCGAGCUGAGGACAACAUCCGCUACUAACCGACAUCCGCCGCUCAUCAGCCGAGUAUGUCGCGAAUCGCGCCUGGUCGCCUCUAAGGCUGGCCACAAUAUCGAGAAGAAAGCGCCCAAAGAUUCGGAUUGGUUCUCUUCCGGCAAAUUUGAAAAAUUAUGGAUCGAUCCUUCUCGAGACUCAAUCCACUUAAAUUGGACACCUUGCUACGAACCUCACUUUCCUAACUUUGGGAGUGCGCUUGACCGUCUCGCAUGGAAUGCUGCCCAAGUUCGAGGGAAGGGCUCUUUCAUGCUUUAUUAUCUCGACUCCGAUUUUGAUGGAGACGUCAAAAUGGAGGACAGAGUUGGACCCGUGCAGGAAUUACACCACGGGGCUAUCGUGAUGCGUGUUAUCGUGGUGCAUACUACGUUCCAGGAUGCCGCAAGAUCAGGCUUGUUUGGGCACUUCGGUGAUGCACCUAUUCAGAUCGUCGAUGUGUCUGACGAACUAAGAAUAGACGCUUUCUUUGAUUUUGCAAAUCAAUGCGAGUCUAGCGCCAAGCAAUUCAUCACAAAGCGGCAAGACUUUCAUAGAGACUCUGCAGAGUCGAUCAAGGCCACCCUGAGGGAAAAGCUCGCCGAAAGAUUUGGAACCCAAGCACUACCUCCGAUGUAUCCCGCGAUCAUGUUUAGGUUUUGCCCUCGUUGGUGCAACCAUUCCCUUAAGCUGUCAACGAACCCAAGAUAUCCACAAGAAUGGCGUUGA